UAGUCAAACAAAAUGCGAAGUGAUUUUUGUUGUGACAGAAAGUGGCUAUGGGGCGAGGGCUAAUCCUAUCUUCGCCAACUCUCACUGGUCUCUUUGCUUCCAUCUCCAAAAUCCCACCGAAAAGUUUCAAUCUUUCAUUUGGUUUUAAACUUGUGCACCAUCAGCAUCAUCAUCUUCUGCCAUUGGCUUGCUGCUUCAGCGUGUCUUCUUCCCCAUCUUCCCCUUCCCAAUGUUCAAUCGACAUUUCUAAAUACACAGAAGCAUUUGCCAGACGAAUGGCCAUGGCUGGUCUCAAACCCCAUCACCGAAUUGCUUUGGGAGUCUCUGGUGGCCCUGACAGUAUGGCACUCUGUGUGUUAACUGCUGGAUGGAAAACUGCUGGAGCUAAUGUUGUCACAACCGAGAAUGGUGGUCUCAUAGAUGGGUUACUGGCAAUAAUUGUUGAUCAUGGUCUUCGAGCAGAGAGCAAAGAGGAGGCCAACGUCGUUUCUCAACGAGUUUCAAAAAUGGGAAUCAGGUGUGAGAUCGCCUGCUGUGAUUGGCCAAUAGGAAGACCAAAACAGGGUCACUUGCAGGAAGCUGCCCGUGAAAUGAGAUACAAAAUCUUUCAAGAAGUUUGUGCCCAACACCAGAUUGGGGUAUUGCUUAUUGCACAUCAUGCUGAUGAUCAGGCCGAGUUAUUUAUUUUAAGGCUUUCUCGAAAUAGUGGUGUGCUUGGACUUGCAGGCAUGCCUUUUACCUCCCAGAUUUUCCCUACAUAUACUCAUUCCGACGAGGAAGUUCAGGUAAACCAGGGCAUUCUUCUUGUGCGGCCUCUUCUCGAAUUUUCAAAGGAAGAUAUGUACAAGAUAUGCCAAGGAGGUAGUGAGGAUUGGGUGGAAGACCCUACUAAUCAAAGCUCAUUAUAUGCACGUAAUAGGAUAAGAAUGGUGCUGAAAAAUUUAUCAUCUUCUAAAUUCAAGUUUGAGCUUCAAUCAAUAAUUUCUGCAUGCAGAAUAACACGCACAUAUGUUGAUCAAAUUGGCUAUAACUUGAUACGUGAUGCUGUGAUUAUCAAGGAUCAUGGUUAUGCUGUUAUUGAUUUACAGAUUCUUUGUCCUUUGAAAAUUGAGGACAUAUGCCUGAUGAAAUUUCUUUCCUUGGUCUUACAGUUUGUAUCACAAAGGCAAAGGCAAGUCAGAGGCAGUGCUAUGAAAUUGCUAAUGGACUACAUUCGUACAUUUCCAUGCAAGAACUCUAUCACAGCAGCGGGUUGUUACCUUUGUCCAGAUCCUGGUUCUAGAGGGUCUAGACUUCUGGUCUGCUGCUGUGCUGAUGAUUGUGCUUUGCCAUUAAAGAUGCAAUUUUUCUGGUCUCUCUCUUAUGGACAAGAAGUGCAUUGUGCUGCCAAUGAGUUAGAAAAAAUUAUAGAGGAUGAUCACUCAUUUGCAAAUCACUUCGUUCCUGAUUCAUCAGAUGUACACUUUUUGGAUGUGAAUCCUACUUCAAUUUUGACCGAAGCCAAAAUGUUAAACAUAAUCAGUGAAUCAACCUACAAUAAUAUUCUUGCUUUGCAGAAGCAAGAAACUGCUUACUUCAGGUCUACAACUGAGACCAUUUCUGACUCUGCAUCAAAGCAUGGAGGUGAAACUGUUACCCCUUUUAGAAAAUCGCUUCAGCCAGGAAAAUUUUAUUACUUUAUGGAUCGAUUCAUUCUCACAUGGAGUUUGAAAAAUAAAAUUGAUGAAGAUGAACUUUCUGGUUUAGUGGAUUAUGAAAUGGAUUUGAGUGAGGAAGCCAGGAGCUUUUGUUGCACUUUUUGUGUAGUUGGUCAUACUAAAGUACUUAAGGUGCGACAAAUGAUUGAAUCUGAUUGGCUGUAUCUGGCUGAGUUAUCAAAAUAUCCACUUUCUAAAAACUUUAUCCAAUAUGAGGUUAAAUCAGUGAAUGAAACCAAGCAGCUAAUGGACAGAACAUCUCCAUGUUUACACUAUGCCAGUUUAUCAGCAAAACAAGCUCUCCCCAAGUUAAAAUCUAUCCCAGUUGCCGCAAGGAGAAGCCUUCCUGUUCUGAUCACUGAACAAGGACAAUUACAAAGCAUUCCAAGUAUUCAUUUCAAGCAUUGUCCCUUCCUGAUGGUGCAUAUGGAAUUUAGGCCAAAAAUACCGCUUGGGGGAGGUCAUACCUUAUUCAUAUAGCAAAACUGCGUCAACACUAAAAGAUCAUGAUUGCAAGAAUGUUUUGGUUAUCAGUUCCCCAAUUUGAAAUGAGACGAGUUGUAACCAUUCCUGUCCCCAGCAAAUUUCAUGUCAACCAAAAGGGACAUACCAAAAUGGAAUGAUCAGUAUCCAAGCUGUGGCCACCAACCACCAUCUGCUUUACUGAACCAAGUUUUACUAUCUGAAAAAAAAAAAAAAGUGUAAAGAA